AUGGUGGGCGCGUCUCGCCAGUGGAAAAGCGAGGCCGCUGAAGCCUACCAUAGGCCGGCAUUACCCCUGCAGCCCCCUCCGGCACGCGAGGAAAGAGCGAGCGAAUGGUUCUUGCCUAUUAGAACCCCGCCCGCCCAUUGCGUUGCCCAAUCCAAUUUCUGCUUUGCUUCACUCUCCAAUCAAUCAGUUUGCUUCCUGCUUCACCAAGCUAGCCAUAGCCAACCCCAAAUCACGAGUCUUGCAACACUGCACGCUCGUGGCCACAGACGUCAAACGCCUACGGGUACCUCUGUACACUACAGCGGCGCUUCCACACAGCGUGCAGCCCGCCCAGCCCCCGGUCCUGCCAGGCAUUUCGCACGCGCCCGUGAGACAAGACCUGCGUUGCUGCUGUCAAAUCAUCGACGCGAGUCAACCUCACCACCACAAGUCUCGUGAUCCAACUUGGCUGCGGCCCAGCAUCGAAGGGGAACACACGGCUGCUUAACGCAAAGCGUUUCUUUGUAUCCCGCCCACAGCCAGCUUCUUGCAUCUUGUCGCUACCAGCAACAUCACCUGCACACCGCGACACUAUAUACCUGCGCUGUCGCUGGUCGCCCUACUCACUAGAGCCGCAACCAAAGCACGCUCUGCUCCACCUGCCAGCGUCAUCUCAUACGGCGCAGCACUCGACCAGGCGCGCAAUUGACGUGGAUGUGCGCUGCCGCUGAUUAAAGUCGUGUAGACAACUCUCUGCUUCAGUCCUGACUGGUGAACGUCCGCAACGGCUCUUCCCCACACGGCGCGGCCCAUUAGACUGCGUCCUCUAUCGUCGCUGGUCCGCCUCUUCAUCUGAGCAGGCGCACCGCCCCAAGAUCUAGCUUUGCACCCAA